GAGAUAUUGUAUGAGAACACUGACACCAAGAAACAUAUUUUAUUUUCGUGCUUUUAUCACAAUCAAUUUCAGAUUACAAUUGUUGUAAAUGAUUUAAUUAACGAAUAUAAAUACAUUUAUUUCUUGUAAUUCAAGUAUAUUUAAUAAUAAAAAAAACAUGGUUAAAUUCUAUAAACGAUAUUAAUUGAAAAGGCAGUUGGCACCAUUUGAAUAUUAAAAUUUCUGAAGUCCGCAUAGUUCAAGCAUCGUAUAGGUUCACUUUCGCGGGUGUUUCGUUAUUUUCUUAAAUAUAUCUGCUUAAUUUCAACAAUAAGCAACUGACUUCAAGGUAUUUUUUUAGAACUACAAAAUGCCGAUUCAUCUCCUCACACUGCUGAAUCAACAAGGCGCAUUCGCAAAAACCCUCGGACAUGGGUCUAAUAUUUUUCGACCUAAUAACACCAAAAAAGAUUUCAUCAAUAUCAGUGAACCAACGGUUAAAUCCCUUUAUUCCCAGUCCGCUGGUGUUCCUCAAGGUAGUAUCCUAGGUCCUAUCCUCUGUACAGUUUAUACAGCUGACAUUCCUACCUGA